CUUUGUAUCAUAGCCCAAUAGCUCCGAAGCCCAAGGUAAGCCUCAUAGCAUCACCAACAUACCAUUAACACUACCAGACGGUGCUCUAUUUCACCUUCACAAAUCCCCUGUUCGGAGCCAAACAGCUUCUCUAAUUUCUCAUUCUUAAUUCUCACUGCAUGCAUGCGAUUCAUAAUUCUUCAAACCUCACAUCACAUAAUCAUGGUUUUAGUGUGACAUGUCUAAGUCUCAAAAUAGAAUGGAACAACCUAACCAAUAUCAAACAACCUUAGCACUAUUAGAACCCAAACCCAAAAACCUAAAUUCCAAUAACCUUAAUGAUGAUCAAUGUUUUCUCCUUUACUUCAUUAUGGGAACGUACUUUGGUCCUGAUAUCAAUGGUGACAAAAAAUCAGUGUUACAGAUAGUAGCUGAAGGAUUACCUUCAUACACACGUGAGCAAUUAACAAAUUCUUAUAUGAAAGUAUCUGAAUUGGAACGAAUUUACUAUUAUAUACUUAGGAAUGUUGAUAAAUCAUUAACGGUAAAGUUAACCUUUUUGCGCCGGUUCAUUCAAGGGCUGGAAGGUUCCUCCAAUUGCAAUUACCCUCAGUUUACUGAUUUGUUCCCACUUGAAUUACACCCUCAGUCUAUGUUCAAAGGUAAUAGGUUUAAGAUCAUUGAAAAUAUUGUGUUUAUUGAUAACCCGGAAGUGUUUUUCUUCAGUCAAGAGGAUAUUGAAAGGUUCAAGAGAUUGAGUGGAUUGGAGGAUUUUGUUGUGGACAAAGAUGUUGCUAGAUUAUAUAAUUGUAUGGAUGGUAGUGGUUUGCGUAAUAAGUCAGUUGUGAAGGUUGAGCAUAAAAAAAUUAUCCCAUUGCCUUUGCCUGAGCUUCAAUCUUCUAGUAGGAAAACUAGUUCUCGAAAAGUGACUGAAAGUGAUGAUUUUUCUGAUCUUAAGUACCAACUGCCACAUGCCCAUGCUGUGACCCCUAUUAGCUGUGUGCCGUUUAAUGGUGGUAUGGGUCUUGAUGGUGAAGGUGAUUCUGUUAAAGUUGGUGCUCCGGCUGCGUUAUUCCUUCCUUCUCGUCCUACUAAGAAGGAAUGGUCUAACAUUGUGGCUGCUACCAACAGUGGUUUUGCAUUGACAGGAAGUGCGGCUAUGGGGCAGAUUGGUCCCAUUAUGGGACUUGUGGACAUUGGAGAGUGUGAAGACUCUUACCUAUUUCGUAUGUCUCUCCCUGGUGUGAAGAGGGAUGAUAAGGAAUUCAGCUGCGAGGUUGACACAGAUGGCAAAGUAUUUAUUCAGGGAAUAACCACAACAGGAGAGAAGACUGUAUCAAUGCGCACUCAGGUAUUUGAAAUGCAAACUCAAAACCUCUGCCCAGCAGGCCAAUUCUCAAUCACAUUUCAGCUACCAGGCCCUGUAGAUCCUCAUCAAUUCUCAGGUAAUUUUGGUACUGAUGGGAUUCUUGAAGGAAUAGUUGUGAAAAGAAAACCUAGGUGAUGGCGAGGCUAUAUGCUAUUAGAAUCCCUCUAUUAAUUCCACUUGGUACUAAGUUGAUGCAAAUGUCAAAAAAAAAUGUGGUUUUGAUUAGCAGUAUUAUGUACAGUGUCUAUCUUAAUGUUAGUUAUUUUUUGAGAUUCAGUGUUAUACAUGCUCAGAACUCUCUCUGACAUUCUCUUUAUGUAGAAGAAAAGAAGUGGUCACGACAUGGCUAAUUAAUCCAUUUUGUGGACAUGUAAGAAUGCUUCACUGAUGAAUAUAGUAUAUUAUUUUGAGAGGAGUAA